GUCUUGUUCCUGAAGAAGUAGAAGCAUCGAAAGCGUUGGAGAGGUAUUACGGGAACAGUGGCGACAACGGUGUUCUGGAACCACAGUGGGGCAUAAGUAAUCUUGCUGCUAUGCUUCCAAGUUGUAGUCUGAAUCAAUCUAAACUUUAAACAGAAGGUGAACCUCUGAGAUAGAAAAUCCAAUAUAUUUUUAAAACCAGGAUGUGGGAUCAAGGAGGACAGCCUUGGCAGCAAUGGCCCUUGAACCAACAACAGUGGAUGCAGUCAUUCCAGCACCAGCAGGAUCCAAGCCAGAUUGACUGGGCUGCAUUGGCUCAAGCUUGGAUUGCCCAAAGAGAAGCUUCAGGGCAGCAAAGCAUGGUAGAACAACCACCAGGAAUGAUGCCAAAUGGACAAGAUAUGUCUGCAAUGGAAUCUGGUCCAAACAAUCAUGGGAAUUUUCAAGGGGAUUCAAACUUUAACAGGAUGUGGCAACCAGAAUGGGGAAUGCAUCAGCAACCCCCACAUCCCCCACCAGAUCAGCCAUGGAUGCCACCAACACCAGGCCCAAUGGACAUUGUUCCUCCUUCCGAAGACAGCAACAGUCAGGACAGUGGGGAAUUUGCCCCUGACAACAGGCAUAUUUUUAACCAGAACAAUCACAACUUUGGUGGACCACCCGAUAAUUUUGCAGUGGGCCCAGUGAACCAGUUUGACUAUCAGCAUGGGGCUGCUUUUGGUCCACCGCAAGGUGGAUUUCAUCCUCCUUAUUGGCAACCAGGACCUCCAGGACCUCCAGCACCUCCCCAGAAUCGAAGAGAGAGGCCAUCAUCAUUCAGGGAUCGGCAGCGUUCACCUAUUGCACUUCCUGUGAAGCAGGAGCCUCCACAAAUUGAUGCAGUAAAACGCAGGACUCUUCCAGCUUGGAUUCGGGAAGGUCUUGAAAAAAUGGAACGUGAAAAGCAAAAGAAGUUGGAGAAAGAAAGAAUGGAACAACAACGUUCACAGUUGUCCAAAAAAGAAAAGAAGACUACAGAAGAUACUGAAGGAGGUGAUGGCCCUCGUUUACCUCAGAGAAGUAAAUUUGAUAGUGAUGAGGAAGAUGAAGAUGCUGAAAAUGUUGAGGCUGCAAGCAGUGGCAAAGUCACCAGAAGUCCAUCUCCAGUUCCUCAAGAAGAGCAAAGUGAGCCAGAAAUGACUGAAGAAGAGAAAGAGUAUCAAAUGAUGUUACUGACAAAAAUGCUUCUGACUGAAAUUCUCCUGGAUGUCACAGAUGAAGAAAUUUAUUACGUAGCCAAAGAUGCCCACCGGAAAGCAACUAAAGCUCCUGCAAAACAGCUGGCACAGUCCAGUGCACUGGCUUCCCUCACUGGACUCGGUGGACUGGGUGGUUAUGGAUCAGGAGACAGUGAAGAUGAAAGGAGUGACAGAGGCUCUGAGUCAUCUGACACUGAUGAUGAGGAAUUACGGCACCGAAUCCGGCAAAAACAGGAAGCUUUUUGGAGAAAAGAAAAAGAACAGCAGCUGUUACAUGAUAAACAGAUGGAAGAAGAAAAGCAACAAACUGAAAGGGUUACAAAAGAGAUGAAUGAAUUUAUUCAUAAAGAGCAAAAUAGUUUAUCAUUACUAGAAGCAAGAGAAACAGACGGUGAUAUGGUUAAUGAAAAGAAAAGAACUCCAAAUGAAACUACGUCAGUUUUAGAACCAAAAAAAGAUCAUAAAGAAAAAGAGAAACAAGGAAGAAGUAGAUCAGGAAGCUCUAGUAGUGGUAGUUCCAGUAGCAAUAGCAGAACUAGUAGUACUAGUAGUACUGUCUCUAGCUCUUCAUACAGUUCUAGCUCAGGUAGUAGUCGCACAUCUUCUCGAUCUUCUUCUCCUAAAAGGAAAAAGAGACAUAGUAGGAGUAGAUCUCCAACAGUUAAAGGUAGACGUAGUAGGAGUAGAAGUUACUCUCGCAGAAUUAAAAUAGACAGCAAUAGGGCUAGAAUAAAGAUUAGAGAUAGGAGGAGAUCUAAUAGAAAUAGCAUUGAAAGAGAAAGACGGAGAAAUCGGAGUCCUUCCCGAGAGAGACGUAGAAGUAGAAGUCGCUCAAGGGAUAGGCGAACCAAUCGAUCCAGUCGCAGUAGAAGUCGAGAUAGGCGUAAAAUUGAUGAUCAACGUGGAAACCUUAGUGGGAGCAGUCAUAAACAUAAAGGUGAGGUUAAAGAACAAGAGAGGAAAAAAGAGAGGAGUCGAAGUAUAGAUAAAGAUAGGAAAAAGAAAGACAAAGAAAGAGAUCGUGAACAGGAUAAAAGAAAAGAGAAACAAAAAAGGGAAGAAAAAGAUUUUAAGUUCAGUGGUCAGGAUGAUAGGUUGAAAAGGAAACGAGAAAGUGAAAGAAUAUUUUCUAGGAGUGGUUCUAUCUCUGUUAAAAUCAUCAGACAUGAUUCUAGACAGGAUAGUAAGAAAAGUACUACCAAAGAUAGUAAAAAACAUUCAGGCUCUGAUUCUAGUGGAAGGAGCAGUUCUGAAUCUCCAGGAAGUAGCAAAGAAAAGAAGGCUAAGAAGCCUAAACAUAGUCGAUCGCGAUCCAUGGAGAAAUCUCAAAGGUCUGGUAAGAAGGCAAGCCGCAAACACAAGUCUAAGUCCCGAUCAAGAUCAACAACCCCUCCCCGUCGUAAACGUUGAGGAAUGAUGUGGCAAGAAUGCCAUGAUGUUUAAAAAAAUUCCAUGAGUUUUAAGGGCUUGUCUCAUUAUAGAGGCACAUUGUGGCUGUGUAGGUGAAACCAGAAUUUUCUUUUUAUCUGUAUAUAGGUAUACUUUUUCCAAAUGCUGCUUCGAGUUAAUAGGAUUUCUUUGUAUUUUUUUUUUUUUUCAAAAAAUAGUGCACAAUAAGACUAUAAACAUGCCAUUCUCUUUCAGCUGUAAUGUUCUUAAAAUUAUUCUCGAAUGUACUGUGAUGUCAAUAAAGCUCUUUAGUUCAUUUUUGUUAACCUCUUGCACCUUAAUUUUAUGAUUUUAUUCUAAGGAACGUACUUUUAUAAAAAGGCAGCUGGAACUUUGUAUAACAAGUUUUAAAGGUACUUCCUCCCAUUUGCCCCAAAGAAAAUGGUUUUAACUCAGUAGUUUGUCAAAGCUUGUCAAUUGUACCCAUGGAUUUUUGUCAAAUUCCAACUUUAAGGGUAUGGAAGAGGGCCAGAAACAGACCUUUAGUUUUCAUUUGAAAUCAUUUGACAGCUUUCUAAACUUUUGCUUUUCGGGGGAUUUUCAAGUAAUAUAUUCUGUGUGUAUAAAGUAUGGUUCACUCCUGUAAAAUGAAGUUGCUGGAUUCAAUCAAGCCAGUGUACCAAUCAGAGUUACUUAUAAGGAAUGAUUGUGUUUGACACUAAAAGUCAAGUCUGGAACUAUAUUCGGCAGUUACCCACUUCUGUUUUAGAAGCAUAUUUUAAACACUUUGAGGUUGUUAUAGAAAUAAGACUCACAGUUCAAUAUACUUAUUUAUAUUUUUAAAGUAUAAUAUGACCUCAGCUCAGUGGAGGAAUACUGUUUUAUGCGGGCUUGUGUCAGUUUCAUAACACUGAAAUGGUUUGGUUUUGUCAGUUUCUUAAAAUUAGGCUCAGUGAGUGGUUUAACAAUUUAAGGCAGUUAUAACUUAUGGAUAAAAUGAAGGCUCCACAGGCAUUUUAAUGUUCAACUGCUUUCAGGGUUUGUUUUUAUGUGAUUAUUCACUUAUGCCACAAUAGAUAAAUCUCCGAAAACAAAUGCUUUUAAAUUUUAAAGAGAAAAGAGCAGGUGCGGGUCACAGAAAUGUUUUAAAGUAUGCCUUUUUACCAGCAAUAAUUCAUUUAAAAUAAGCCAGAUUUUUGCCAAGAUCAGUGUUUCCUCAAAACAAAGGUAGAAAAUAGAUUUGUAUAGUGUGCUCUUGUACCUCUACAAAAGUUCUUGAAUAAUUUUGAACAGUUUAUGCAUUUAUCUAGAGGAAAUAAAUCAACUGUGAAUAAAUGCAUGUUUACCAAAAUGGUUGUUUUUACAGUGCAUUUAGUUCUGAUAUUUAUAACGUUGACAUUUCACAGAAUAACUUUUAAAUAGUUUAGAAUUCUAUAUAGUUUAGACAUCAGUCACAUCUGGAGACAAAAUAAAGUGUGCAAUAUUUUUUAUGUAGGUGAGCUAACACGGUAUACCUAAUUGUAGAAUUAUCCAAUUAAUUUGUAAUAGAUAAGUUGUAUAACAUUUUCAUAUCUUAAAAUGUUUUUUAGAUCAAUCUUCAAGUGAAAUAUUUUCAAAAUAAAAUUCUACAGAAAAAGUUCUGCUGGCUAUGAUAUGCACAUUUUUGGGCAAGAUACGAACUAGAGCCAAAAGUAGUAUUUGACAAUAUAAUUUACUCUGCCAUACCACACAAGCUUCUUACCAUUUAAAUCUGUAGA